CUUAUAUGAUCUAGUCUAUUUUGAAUCUCACAAAAACUUGACAAAUUUAUCGAAAGGAGUAGUUUAUAAUGAGGAUUUUGAUUCAUUCGAAAGUAAUUAAUGAUUUUCUCUCAUUUACUUAGGGUUUUCAAGAGAGUGACAUCUACAAUUAUGUUAACUUCAUCAUAUUGCUCGAAGAGGGCUUUACUUUGUGACUAUGAUGCGAUUGAUACCAAGUGAGUUUUCAGAGUAGAUCCCUAGUGGCGAGAAGCAUUCUUUUGUACCUAUUAUGAUUGUAGAGUUGUGUGAAACCUACGCCUAAAGAAAUAUGGUGGAAUUGCAAAAAUCAAAACCAUGCAUCAAGGGAGAUUGAUACAAGGUUACCGAGUAUUCAAAUGGAAGAAGAUGAUGAUAUACCAUUGAUUGUGAGAGAGGAAGGCAUUAGCAAAGGAGAUUGAAGUUGUACAAAAACUAGGGGUUGGUAACACGUUUGAUUAUCCUGCCAAACCCUAACGUAAAGUUCGUGAAAAUAGCUCUAAAGUAAGGUGGUCAUUAAGAAAGGAUUUUGAGAUUAUAAUAUUCAAGAAGUUGCUUGCGUUCCGGGUUUUGGAUAUGUACAAUCACAACGAAGUACGAUUUCGAGGGCUAGCCUAUCAGCUUGUGUAGGGUGUUGUAUAUGAUUCUAUUAAGGUGCUAGAUUAUUGAUUAAAGAAGAUUCUUGACUGAGUUGUAAAAGUAGCAUACACAUAUGUGUAUGGUUGUUACAUUACAGGUAAUGUAAUGGUAGCGUUUGAGUGCUUCAAUGUGAUGAAGAAUCAGACAAAAGAAAAACACAUUAUCUGGCAAUGAAACUUGGCAUUGCGAAAGCAUAUGACAAAAUGAAUGGCCUAUUUGGAAGUUAUCAUGUUGAAACUUGGGUUCGAUGUGAAGUAGGUUUAACUCAUUAUGUAUUAUGCCACAACAGUCUCAUACUCGGUGAUAGUUAAUGGUAAGAAAAUAUAGACUUUUAGUCCAGGGAGGGGGACUGCGACAAGGCAAUAUGAUGUCACCAUAUUUGUUUUACUAUGUGUGGAGGGUCUACCGGCUUUAACCACUAAAGUGGUUAAUGAAAGAAGGAUGGAUCAAUGAUCUCACAUCUGUUGUUUGCAUAUGACAAAUACAUUUGCUCAAUUGGACUAAGAUUGAAAGAUGGGUAUUGAAGGAGAUUGGAAGUUGAUGAAAUCAAAGCCCGUCACAAGGUUAAUUUUGACAAGAUUUAAGCUCUUCUAUUGUACGAAUGUGGAAACGUGAUGGCAGGCAAAGUAGCAAAUGUGAUGGGAAUGAAGCAAGUCGCCUACCAUGAAAAUUAUUUGAAAACCAACCAAGCAAGUAAUAUAGAUGUAGAAUGUAAUAAAACCUUGAUGAAAGAAAAUUUGAAUAAGAUGGUGUAUACAUAAGUUAGCCUCAGUACGAAGGUUCGAACCAAAAUCACGAGUAUUGAGAAGUUCAACGAAAAGGCUGGGGUUGAAAGUACACACUAUGGCCUAGAAAGAUGGAGGUGAAGUAGGACAUCAAAUGUCCAUCACCCCUGCAUAUUGUGAUGGAACAGGUGAACUACCAUGGGAUAGUAGUUUGAGGAGGAAUUUUUAUGGAGAUCAAAGAAACUAUUCCUUAUAUGAACUCAUUUCCCUCUUGGGUAGUUAGGAUGGACACCAUGACCAUGCCCAACUCAUGUUUAAAAUUUUCAAACUGGUCUUACCGUAAUUGUUUGGUGAAUAUGUAUGAUGUUUGUUGGUCACUUGGUAGGGUGAAAAAGUGUAUUUUUCCUUGAUGAGCCAAAUCGUCGAGCAAGUGAUACUUAAUCUCUAUGCGUUUGGUUAGUGAAUGCUAUAUGAAAACUAGAGGUUGUUCAACACACACUUCUUCAUUUAGGAACCCAUUUAGAAUGACACUCUUAACAUCCAUUUGAUAUAGUUUGAUACCUCUAACACUUGCAAAGGCACACGAUAACCGAAUUGCCUUGAUUCUGGCAACCGUCGUUAACGUUUCAUCAAAGUCAAUGAUAGUGUAAUGGUCAUCUGAUGAGGCUAUUCUAAUUCAUCUAAUUCAAAUUAUGGAUUAACUUCUUAUAAACUAGGUUUACCAUUAAAGACUAAAUAAUUGAUGGAUUAUUCCAUUGUAAGUGUUCUUUUGUUCAUGAUUAUGUAGGUUGUGCUACAAUUAUAGAGUAGCCCAAGAAUAUUCCGCUAGUUUGAUUUUUGGCUCCAAUGUCCCUAGUUGAGAUAUUGGUAUAUAAAAGCCUUGGUUGUCACUACUGUUCAUUAGUGGCCCCCACUCUCUCUUCUGCGACUGGUCAAGCUCCACUCGUUUCUUCAGCAUUCGACCAUGUGUCCCUCUUCUCCACUCACACAAAAACACAGAACACCUUAUUACCCAACUCGCCGAAGAUUGAACUCUGGGUUUUCGCUUUAUCCGGCGGACAAUCAAGCACAACCCUUACAUGCAUGCUUAUUCAUGUCAGCUUUUUCACACCCACACUCAAGCUUUUUCCUCUCUCAAACUCUCACCUGCCAUGCUUUCCUUCCCAUCUCAUCUUUUUUGAGUUUUUUUAGCAGCUUUUUACAAAUCAUACGCAACCUUCCUUACCUCUUCCCAUUCUCUGCUUUUCAUCAAUCAUCACACACAUCCACAUUUUAACAAACAAGGCUUUCUCUUCUUCCAACCAUUUCUCUCCUUUACAUCUACCUCCGGUGAGAAGAAUCUCGGCAGAAUCCGAACUUCCUUUCUUCUCAUCGCACUCAGCACCCCUAAAACACUAGCCACUGCCCUCUUCUGCUCCUACCUUCUGCACGCCACCUAUCCCCCAAUAUAUCUUCUUUCCUUUGCUCGCUCGCGACAUCGACAAACAUGUUGCCCUUCCUGCAGAUCUCUCUUUGCGAAAUCCCUAAUUCGCCAUCCUUGGCUUCCCCUAAUAUCACAAACCCCUACGGUAAUCAACUUUGCUCAGCAAUUUACAACCCUCUUCCGAGCACCGGCGGGUAAUCCCUUAUUCUUUCCCCAAUUCAUUGCUGAGGAAUCGCCUUAGAUAUGCUCUUUCCGUCUUUGUCUGCCCUUUCUUGCCUAUGAGUAAAGAGUGCAAGAAGAUCCAUGACUUGAAGAAGAAGUACAACAAAGAAGCUCCAGUCUCUCUGUUCACGAGAAACCGCCGAAGAAGAAGACAAGGAUAGAAGGAUUCGGUUGAGAUGGAGAAGGGAAGGAAGAAGUACGCGGCCAUUUCUCCUCUCACCUCUCUCUGUGGCUGGAAAAUAGUACGAGGGUAGGAGUACGAGGACAAGAUGAGCCCUGCCACGAAAAAGUAAAAACAAAAAACUCAAAUCUCCCCCAUGUGUCUCGGCUCGUUUACUCGAGACUCGCUCGGCGGCUUUGGUGUAGUUGUCAGCGACGAGCGCGGUGGUAAAGUUCCUGGAGAAAGGUUGCACAACUUUGAUUUGGGAAGCAAGAGUUCAGAUGGUGGUGGCGAGAGCAUCGGCCGGCGGGUUUCAGCUGUGGGAUUCUGUGGGUGUGGACACCGACAUCACUACGAGCAAGCUGGCAGGAAAGUUCUCGAGAUAUGGGGUCUGGGGGAAUAAGAGUUCUGAGGAUUCACAUUCAGUCGUGGGAGUUUUGUGCCGGGUAAAAACGAUUGAUGACAAUUGCAACAAUUGUUGUUCACUUGUUCUUUUUCUCUGUAUUUCCAGACUUGCUCUAUCAUGAAUGUAUUUGAUUUUCAGUCUUUUCACCAGGUUUGCAGGUGUUAUGGUUUGGUCCACUACAAGGAAAAAGGAUCUAGGUGAGUAUUGAAUAGCCCCUGCAUACACUUUCAUAAUAAUCUGAUUCGAUUGUAAACUUAUAUAUUGUGGAGGUUCACCAUUUAAAGCUUCCCCUCUGACUGAUCAUAUAUAGUUUCAGUUCACCUUUUAGUAUGUUAAAUAAUUCUGACUUGAUUAGCAGCUUAUUAUCAUUCUUGAACAAUUAAUAGAAAGGGAUGUGGUUCGUACAAGAGGAGAUUGAAACAAAGAGACUACUUCCUCAUGUGGAGGAUGAACUGAAGAGCUGUAGUUAGGAGAUAGCAACUGAACAUAGAGAAUUAUGUCCUCUCUUAACUGAACAAGAAUACAGCCAAUAAAAUAAAGGUUGCAACGGAUUUUUUAAUCUUUCCUUGCUUGAUUCUUAUUGCUUGAUUCUUAUAGUAUCGUACAGUUCUGCUAGGUUCUAUAAAUUGAGAAAACUCCAUCUUGGCUUCAAUUUGGCUUCAAUUAACAUGGUUCGAGACUCCAGACCUUUUUCCUGCUGUGUCUCAAUCACUUAAUUGUGAUUUUAAUUUUCCCCUGUUAGGUUGCUAACACAGGCAUGGCGGUCUAUUCAGCGUUCAAGAAUAUGUUGUUAUUUCGAGAGUUAGGUCGGCUGAUGGUUUGAAGUUUCAUAUUCAAAAUGAAGAUUACAUUUACGAAAACUACACAAGGAACAUUGUAUACAUUUGAUGAGCUUGGUGGUGAAUCUUGCUCUAUUCCUCCCAAUUCUGGAAGAUUGCCUGUGCCCAAUCGUUGGUACACUAGCUUUAUAUGUUGCCACUUACAAGUGCUUAUUCUUUAACCAUGAUAGGGAUGCCUACUACUUGCUGCAACGUUCCACAGUGACACAUUCAUGCCUAAAAGUUUGUUUCUUUUAGGUCAUAUAAGUCAUUCUUGCUUUCUAUCAUACUGAUACUUCUUACCUACAGAACCGAAGGCCCUUUGUGCGGUUGGCUAUUAUAUACAUGUUAUCUGCAAAGUUAUCCUAUAUUCUGUGUGCAACCAAAUGUUAUUGUUUUCACAUCCUUGGCUGCUGCCAUUAUAUGCUUCAUAACCAAUUAGAUUUAUAUGAUUAGGCAUCUUGAAAUCCUAGGAUACAUACUUGAUGAUUGUAUGGUUGGUGUUCGAGUCGUCCUGUUGAUUCCAGGAUACGUUUUGAGUAUGGCUUCCCAUUAUCCAGUGCUCAUUCUCGGUUUUAGAGUUCUAAUAUACUGGCAAUUCCAUA